UCGGCGCGAGACAGGCAGCUGUAAGCUGCAGAGUCGGGUCCGUUAGGUCACGUGCCCGCGCCUACAGUGUCAGGCGGCUGUUUUAGUGGAGUCGCAGGAUUUCUUCUUCUCGUCUCAGUCACCAUGUUUAGCUGGGUCAGUAACGACGCCCGGAGAAAGAAAGAACCGGAGCUCUUCCAGACGGUGUCAGAGGGCCUCCGUAAGCUGUACACUAAUAAGCUGCUGCCGCUGGAGGACACUUACCGCUUCCAUGACUUCCACUCACCGGCCCUGGAGGAUGCCGACUUCCAUAACAAGCCCAUGGUACUGCUUGUGGGUCAGUACAGCACCGGGAAGACCACCUUUAUCCGUCAUCUGAUGGAACAGGACUUUCCGGGCAUGAGAAUAGGUCCUGAGCCCACCACCGACUCCUUCAUCGCGGUCAUGCAUGGCCCGGUGGAAGGGGUGGUCCCCGGUAACGCACUGGUCGUGGACCCCAAGAAACCCUUUAGGAAGCUCAGUGCCUUUGGGAAUGCCUUUCUCAACAGAUUCAUGUGUGCUCAGAUGCCGAACCCUGUUUUGGAGAGCAUAAGUAUUAUAGACACACCAGGAAUCCUGUCUGGGGAAAAGCAGCGGAUUAGCAGAGGUCAGAUGGCAUUUCUUUCUAAUGUCUAA